AUGAAGGGGGCCAAUCCUCAGAUCCCCACACACAUAAAAGUGCUUAGAGGGAUCCACCGGCCUCAGAGGGCCUCCCAGCUCCGGCUCCCCCUGCUCUGCAGUCGCUGCUCGCCUCUCACCCAGGACACCGUCACACCUUGCCGCUCCGACACAGUCAGCUCUGGUCGCCGUGUGGGCAGCUUCAGCUCUUGCUCAGCAAUGAACCCGAACCACUUCCGGGCCAGCUCUGUCUUCUGCAGGAGUGGGCCCCACUUCCAGGGUCUUAACAGCUUUGGCAGUCGGAGUGUCAUCAGGUUUGGAUCGUGCUCACCCCGGAUAGUAGCUGUGUGCCCUCGGCCCAUCCGCUACGGAGUUGGCCUUGGUUCUGGCAGUGGGAUGGCCUUUGGCUUUGGUGAUGGGAGCGGUGCUGGUCUGGGGUUUGGAGCUGGCAGUGGCCUCGGCCAUGGCUUCGGCGGCCCUGGCUUUGGCUACCAAGUUGGAGGAGCUGGAGCGCCAACAGCCCCGUCCAUCACAGCAGUGACUGUUAACCAGAGCCUGCUGACCCACCUCAGCCUGGAGGUUGACCCUAAUGCCCAGAGGGUGAAGAGGGAUGAGAAGGAGCAAAUUGAGACCCUCAACAACAAAUUUGCCUCCUUCAUCGACAAGGUGCGGUUCCUGGAACAGCAGAAUAAGCUCCUAGAGACCAAGUGGAACUUCCUCCAAGAGCAGAAAUAUGGCAGGAGCAACCUGGAGCCCCUCUUCGAGAACUACAUCACCAACCUGCAGAGACAGCUGGACGUAGUGAACAGCGAACGGGCCCGGCUGGAGGCUGAGAGGAACAACGUGCAGGAUGUCCCUGAGGGUUUCAAGAAGAAAUAUGAAGAGGAGGUGGAACUCCUGACCAACGCUGAGAAUGAGUCUGUGGCUCUGAAGAAGGAUGUGGAUACAGCUUUCUCAAAUAAGUCUGAUCUAGAGGCCAACGUGGAUACCUUAACUCAGGAUAUCAACUUCCUGAAAACCCUACACAUGGCGGAAAUCCAGUUGCUGCAGUCACACAUCUCUGAGACCUCAGUCAUCGUGAAGAUAGACAACAGCCGGGACCUGAACUUUGAUGGGAUCAUCGCCGAUAUCAAGGCGCAGUAUGAAGAGACUGCCAGGCGCAGUCGGGCUGAUGCAGAGGCCUGGUACCAGACCAAGUAUGAGGAGAUGCGGGUGACAGCUGGCCAACACUGUGACAACCUGCGUAACACUCGGGAUGAGAUCAAUGAGCUGACCCACCUGAUCCAGAGGCUGAAGGCAGAGAUCGAGCACGCCAAGGCUCAGCACUGCAAGCUGGAGGCCGCUGUGGCCGAGGCAGAGCAGUGGGGCGAGGCAGCCCUCAGCGACGCCAAGUGCAAGCUGGCGGAGCUGGAGGCUGCCCUGCAGCAGGCCAAGCAGGACAUGGCACGGCAGCUGAAGGAGUACCAGGAGGAGAUGAAUGUCAAGCUGGCCCUGGACAUCGAGGUCGCCACCUAUAAGCGCCUGCUGGAAGGCGAGGAGAGCCACUAAGUGCUCUCAGUGCAGCAGGUGGGAGUGGCGGUGAGCAGUUCCCGGGGCGGCCCGGUGUGCGGGCCCGAGCCUCUGGUCACCACCUGCAGCCUCUCCGGCGGCGGGGUCACCAUCUCGGGCCGCAGCAGCAACCGGUCCAGCGGCUUCUGCAGCUCGAACGUGGGCGGGGCCCAGGUCGUGGGCGGGGCCCAGGUCGUGGGCGGUGGGGACCCGCUGAGCGCGGGCUUCCAGGGAGGGGAGUCGGUGCUUGUGGGCGAGACCUGCGCCCCCAGCGUCCCCUGCCCGCUGCCCACCGAGGACGGCUUCAGCAGCCGCGGUUGCAGCGUCCGCUUCGUGUCCACCACCACCUCGAGCCGAGCGCCGACCAGCCACCAACCAGGAAGAACCAUCUCCACGGCUUCUGCUUCUGUCCCCAAAGUGCCCGGACUCUGGGCCGAGGGCGCUCUAGGUACCCAUCCUGCCAAGAAGCCGAGGGCUGCUCUGCCUGGCCUGUGUCCUCUGGGGGGAUUUUUUUUCACCACCUAAACGCUCCAUCCACAGCCCCAGCGGACUGGCCUCUCCCUGACUCCCAAUUUCCUUCCUUUGGGUCACUCCUCACCACCCAGCCCAAAGACCUCAAGAAAUGCAGAUUCAAUACAAUUACAAAAAUCAGCAUGUUGGUCCUAGCUUUGGAUUAACUUAGAGAAUGGAGAGCUGGCUGUCCACACAGCAGGUGUCCUCAAGCCACCGUCCUCUGCUUCCCUCCCCUUCCUUUCCCUGGCAGGAGAAGGUCCUUUCCUUCUCUUCCUGACCCAGAAGGAUCCACAGUUUUUGGUGGGCCAAGCGAUCCCAGAGAUGGUUCUUCUCUGAGCGGCAUAGGUCCUAGCUGCUUCUCUUCCUGGGGUGUUGGUGAAACCCUGGCAUGCGAGUCCACGAGGUGGGUGAGUGCUGGUAGAGAGAUGGACCCUGCAACACUCCACGCCCCUGCUGGUGGUGUGAGGGAGGCCCAGCUCUGUUCACUGCAGGGGGGUUUAUGUCUGCAUGCUCCAGGGAGGCCUGGGCUGGGGUGGGUGCCUGUCUGUACUGCUCUUUGUGUUGCUGGGAUUUCAAUUAACUUGCCAAGCUAGGAUCACUAGGACUCUGGCCUUUCCUUCCCAAUCACACUGGGGACGGGGGAGCU